UCCUCGCUAAAUGAAAUGCAAUCUAUUUAGCACUUGUUGAUGAAUGAAUAAUGUAACAUAGAAUAUUGCUAACUGUAUUUGUCUAGCAGAAUAUAUGAUAGAAGCUAACGUUAGUUCACAAUACGGUAUUCUGUUCGACAAUACUUGCCUCCAAGCUUAGGCUUUGCUUGCAGUAGCUAGCCAACGUUAGCUAGCUAGCGUAAGAAAGAUGAAUAGACUUAAAGGCGAAUUUAGCUAACUAUUUAUGUUUGCUGAAUUGCAUUACAUUAGCUAACUAACUACAUUUUGCUUAAUUGCAUUACAUUAGCUAACUAACUACAUUUUGCUGAAUUGCAUUACAUUAGCUAACUAACUUAGUUCCUAAUUGAUGUAACGUAUCAGUUAGGUAAUUUAGCCGGCAAUGGCGAGACUGAACUAGAUGGCUUCUAACGUCUUCCAAUUCAUAGGAGUGCAUGUCAAGCUGAUUAGCUAUACAGCUAGCUUGAUUCAAGGGCCCAGUGUGGCAUGGUCAAAAAUCAUUUGGAUGACUAACGUUAGCUGGCUAGUAGGUCAGCAUGUUUGCUGAACUUGCUCAAUGAGAAUGAUCUUCACGUUGGGCAACAUUAUUCUAGCUGCCAUUGUGUUUUUUGAAUUGUCGUCAUUAAGUACACUAUUUGCACUCUCCCUUUUUACCCAAUUGAAUUGAUAAGAUUGAAAGAUGUACCACAAAGAGAAAAGCAUUCAGAUGAAAAGCAGUGCGUCUGCGCUAUACAACAACCUGAGCGUGCUGCGCAUAGCCCCGCGGAGCCUGACCUAUUUCACAGUGGUACACGCCAACAUGGUCAAUAUGGUCAGUGCUUCUUGGGACGGACUCAACUACUCCCACCGCCAGCUGCAGUCCAAAGAGGCCAACGUAGCUACCAGCUCCUCCCUCAUCAUGCAGGCAGCCUGGUGUGUCCUCCCAUCUCGUGACAUCCUGGUGCUCACCUCUCAGAAAGGCAUCCAGAUGUAUGAGUCGGAUGGAUCCAUAAUGGUAUACUGGCAUGCACUGGACACGCCUGAAACCCAAACAGCUCAGGCAGUGUUUGCUCGAGGGAUUGCAGCAGUGCGGGAAAAAUACAUCUGUGUGGGCAUCUCGUCUGGCUCUAUGCUGGUGUUUGACGUCCCAAUUAAAGGCAGUAACAUCACCCUCUCGGAGGUGCUGGAUGAGCACAAGGAGUCCAUCACGGAUUUGGCCUCAGAAUGUUCCGGUAGCCUGGAGUGCAUUGCAGACAUGGUGAGUGCUGACGACUCUGGCAAUCUCUGUGUGUGGAAGUCAGGAGAGGACUUCCAGCUGCUCAACAAGAUCCCUGGUUUCGAUAUGAGCUGCUCCUCAGUGAAGCUGUGGAAGGGAACCGUGGUGGCAGGCUAUGGCACAGGGCAGAUCCGUCUCUACGAGGCCGUGACAGGGAUCGUCCACGCAGAGGUCAACGCCCACGCACGCUGGAUCUACUCCUUGGACAUCGCCCCCUUCUCUGGCCUGCUUCUUUCUGCUGCUGAGGACUCUCUGGUUAGAGUGUGGCAUCUGACCAUGACCCCAGAGACUAACAGUGUGGAGAUCGUUCACAUGUAUAACGAAUGUGUGACAGACACCCAGAUCUGCGGGGCUAAGUUCUGCGAUGGGGACGGCUACGCCUUCGCUGUGACGGGCUACGACCUGAGUGAGAUCAUCCGCUACACACAGGUCUAACAGCAGUAGAUGUGUGUGAGUGUGUGUGAGGUUGACAUGAGACCGGAGUGUGUCAGCUCAGCAGUAUCUCUGUUGGGGAGUGUGUGACAAAAGAGAAGCCUACAGCAGGAAACAUCUGCCUGAUAGACCAUGCAGCAUCGAAUUCCACCAGAUCAAUGGUCUACAGAGAGACUGAAAGCCUAUGAAGGUUAACUCAGAAGCAAACGAGGGCUGUGACCCCAUCUCCAUUUACUAUGACCUAACUAGAGGACAUGAUACAGUAUGUAUGUCUACAGCGUCUCUCCCAUGGAUAUAAUAACUUUGGUCCAGAGGUCAGAUAGAAGAAUGUUGUCUCUAUCAAGUAGUUUCCUACAUAUCAAUGCACGAAAGGAAAAGUGAUACAUCUUACGAUAUAUGAGGAGAAAGAUGAUUUGUAGUGCGAUGUGACCUUGUAUAUUUUGACUGAUCACAUACUGGCUUAUGCUGACACGUUUCCUCUGUGUUGAGUAUUGGGGUGUGUGUGUGUGCGUGUGUGAGUAACGGACCAUGAAACUACAGAUGAGUGUGUAUAAAUCUGUUUUACAGGUUUAAAAUGAAGGGAGCAGGCUAUACUGUAACGACGUAGGGUUGCUGACAGCAGCACUAGUCCUCAGGUGUCUCAGUAUAUCAUUGUUGCAAGUAUUUACAACGUGUAUGGUAAUGUAGGUCGUUCAGCAUUCAGUUUGGAAAUGUAACAUUCCUUUGACUUAGUAAGUCUUGAAUAUUAUUAUUGUACAGCAUCACUGUAUAAAUGUACUGUAACUAUGAAUGAACUUGACAAUAAAUAUUUAUUGUAGA